CCAGUAGACAUCAGUAUACAUCUCGGAGGGUUUGAGCUGUUGACACUAAUUCUUUCAAUACUAAUAGAUUUAGUAAACAAAAAAAUAGCAAAAAAACGCUGAUAAAAGCAGCAUCUUAAUAUUUUUGUUAAUAAAUAAUUUGACUAAAAUUUAAAAUUUGACUUUUGACAAUUCGCACACACGCGCCUUAAGUUUGCAUAGCGGUGAAAGCUAUAAGGUUUAGCCCCCAAUUUACAUCUUUGCGUUGAAGAUUUUUGAGCAAAAAUUCGACUUACGAAAUCUACAUUAUGUGGGGGAGAUUCUUCAUUGUACUAAUAUUGGCUUUAACGCCGCACGCCAUAGUCAGCGUUAAACUGCGAGAUGUGGAGGUGAUCUAUCAGUGGAAACAGCUUGUCUAUGGUUUUCCCACGGAGGCCGAUCGGCUAAAGGCGAUAGCUGAUGGCAAUUUAGUGCCAGAAAAUGGAACACCUAUCGAUGUGGCGCCACAUCAAGAUUCGAACAAAGGAUCACGUGUCUUUACGACAAUACCCAGAUUCACCUCCGGCAUACCGUACACUUUGGCGCUGGUGAGUGACUCCAAAGAGUCGAAUGGACCAGUGCUGCAACCAUAUCCAGAUUACAGUUGGCACAACUCAGACGGCGGUGAUUGUGAUAAGAUUACUUCUGUAUUCCGUGUGGCGAUCACAGAGUGCAAUCAGAUGUUCGUACUCGAUACGGGCGUUAUCAGCAUGGUUCAACAUUGUCCGCCACAGCUGCUUGUCUUUGAUUUGAACAACGACAGCUUGCUGCAUCGGUAUCGUUUCGAACCAGGCACGUACAUAGCAGUCGCCUCACUAUUCAUUGUGCCUAUAGUUGUUGUGGACGAUCCUCCACCAAAAGGCCGCUGCCGCAAACUACGAGUUUACAUUGGUGAUGUCUCGUUCCAUGGUCUGGUUAUUUAUGACUCGGAAUUGAAUACGGCUUGGCGUGCCGAGAAUAAAUUCAUGUAUCCCGAUCCCGAUCAUGGCACACACUUGAUUGCCGGCGAGAAAUUCGAUCUAAUGGACGGCAUAUUUGGUUUGGCCACCGAUCGUCAACAGCUCUUCUUCCAUCCGUUGGCCAGCGUUAGUGAGUAUUCGGUGCCGUUGAGUGUCAUAAACAAUCGUACCAAUUGGUUGGCAGAUGUGAAUUCGAUGACGAAAUCAUUCCGUUUGGUGGGCAAUCGCACCAGUCAAUGUGCCGCUCAGGCGAUGGACAGUUACAAUAAUCUCUACUGUGUUAUUCACAAUCCAAUCAAGUUGGUGCGCUGGAAUAUGAACAAACCGUAUAGUGUGAAGAAUGAAAUCGAAAUACCGGUGGAUCCGGAACUGUUGCAGUUCGUCAGCGGCAUGAAGGUGUUCAAAACCGAUGGCGGUAAAGAGGAAUUAUGGAUGAUGUCGAAUCGUUUUCAGAGAAUCGCCUCGGGUACGAUAGAUUUUAAUGAGGUUAACUUCCGUAUUGUGCGCCGCCCGCUUGAUGACAUACAGCAUGGACAGUUAAAGCAAGAUCUUAGUCAGCGUUUGAUCUUCAAUUAACUUGGCAGAGUAGUGUAGUUAAGCAUGGCUUCGGAAACCUUUUAUGAAAGUUACUAUACUAUAUUCCUAUAUAUUAUACGCACUUUAUAACAGUAUUUGCAACUCCAGACUUGAAGUGCGUUAAGCAUUUUCAUUGUAUUUUUGCAGUCAAUCACUUUUAUUAGCACAUCUUUCUAAAUAUUUUCUCUUUUCGGAAAUCAAUAAUUACUAUAUUAUGCAUGAUAUAUAUAACUAUAAAUAAUAAAUUUAUUGUGACUUUAUUUUCGAAAGUCUUUCAAUCGUGUUCGUGGUAAUUCAGAAUACGAAUUUUAAAACUAAUAUUCAAUAUCUUUGAAAAUAGCGGAAAUGAAACAUUCAAUUAAUAAAAAAAAAAUUAAAAUUAUAAAAACAAUAACAAAAGUAACGAAAAUUUCAUAAAAGGUUGCCAUUAAGCAUAAUAAAUAUCAAGUAAAAUUAUUUUAAAUUAGUUCUUAGUCAAUAUAAUUAUUUUAUUUUUAAUUAGUAAUAUGUUAUCUAUAGGAGUAAAUAAUAAAAGAAAAAGUAACUUU